CACUUGCUGGAGCUUUGGUUGCCGCCGUAAAGCUGCUUUCAUGACAGCCGGGCAGCUGCUUCUCUGGUCGCCCUGAAAGUUGUCUUCCUCUCCGGUGGUUUCUGGACUUCUGAGAGGCGCCGAAGAAGAUAUGACCUUAAUGUCGAGGAUCUAACGAGUUUGUGUUGUUGAACCGAACUGAACCGUUGACUUGUCACCAUGAGAAGCAGGAGCAACUCGGGCGUUAAACUGGACAACUAUGCCCGGAUGGUACAACAAACUAUCCUGAAACACCAAGAUCCAGUAACGGGUCUUCUGCCAGGCAGCCCAGAUCACCCGGACGCCUGGGUCAGAGACAAUGUUUACAGCAUCGUGUCGGUGUGGGGCCUCAGUCUUGCCUACAGGAAGAACGCCGACAGGGAUGAAGACAAGGCCAAGGCCUACGAACUGGAGCAGAGUGUGGUAAAGCUAAUGAGAGGUGUCCUUCAGUGUACUAUGAGGCAGCUGGAUAAGGUGGAGAAGUUUAAAUACAGCAGAAGUACCACAGACUGUCUCCACGCCAAGUACAACACCAGGACCUGUGCGACAGUGGUCGGAGACGACCAGUGGGGUCACCUCCAGGUCGACGCCACCUCGCUCUUCCUGUUUUUCCUCGCUCAGAUGACCGCAUCAGGUCUUCAUAUUGUCUACACCCAAGAUGAAGUGGACGUAGUUCAGAAUCUCAUGUUCUACAUCGAGGCAGCUUACAAAGUGGCAGAUUAUGGGAUGUGGGAGAGAGGAGACAAAACCAACCAGGGCAUCACUGAGAUUAACGCCAGCUCUAUUGGCAUGGCCAAGGCAGCUCUGGAGGCAUUGGACGAGCUCAACCUGUUUGGAGCGAAAGGAGGACCUGGAUCUGUGGUCCACGCCCUGGCUGAUGACAUACAGCACUGCCAGUCCAUCCUGACCUCCAUGUUACCCAGAGCAUCCAUCUCUAAAGAGGUGGAUGCCGGAGUCCUGUCCAUCAUCUCGUACCCUGCUUUUGCCGUUGAGGACAUCAGCAUCGUCAACAUGACCAAGGAGGAGAUCAUCUCAAAACUCCAGGGUCGAUACGGCUGCUGCAGGUUUCUCAGAGACGGACACAAAACACCUAAAGAGGAUCCAAACAGACUGUAUUACGAGUCCGCAGAGCUGAAGCUGUUUGAGAACAUCGAAUGUGAGUGGCCGCUGUUCUGGACCUACCUCAUACUGGACGGCAUUUUCAUCAACAGCCCCGAACAGGUGCAGGAGUACCAGGAGGCUCUGGAGGGCAUCCUGAUCAAACAGAAAGACGGGAUACGACUGGUCCCGGAGCUCUACAGUGUCCCCGCAGAGAAGGUGGAGGAGGAGUACGGGAACCCUCACUCUGUGGAGAGGGUUCCUAUGGGCAAGUGUCCUCUGAAAUGGGCACAGUCUCUGUACAUCCUGGGAAACCUUUUGUCCGAGGGUUUUCUUGCCCCCGGAGAGAUCGACCCUCUUAACCGGCGUUUCUCCACCAUCCCAAAGCCUGAUGUGGUUGUACAGGUGUCAGUCCUGGCAGAGACCGAGGAGAUUAAACAGAUGCUUGUGAAGAACGGUAUCGAAGUGGAGACUGUGGCUGACAUCCAUCCCAUCCACGUGCAGCCCUCCAGAGUCCUCAGCCACAUUUACGCCAGACUCGGGCGUAACCCGAGGCUGGGUCUGACGGGACGACCCUACAGGAGAAUCGGAGUUCUGGGAACCUCCAAGUUCUACAUCAUCAGGAACACCAUCUUCUCAUUCACACCUCAGUUCAUCGACCACCAGCAGUUCUACAUGGCGUUGGACAACAAGAUGAUCGUGGAGAUGUUGAGGACAGAAAUCAGCUACCUCUCGUCCAGAUGGAGGAUGACCGGACGACCCACCGUCACGUUUCCCAUUUCACAGUCCAUGCUGACUGAAGACCAUACAAACCUGGACCCUGCAGUGUUGGCUACACUGAAGAAGUUACAGGACGGUUACUACGGAGGAGCAAGGAUCCAGACAGGGAAGCUGUCGGAGUUCUUGACCACUUCCUGUUUUGCUCACCUCAGUUUCCUGGACGGUAAGGCUCCCGGCAGCAUGGGCCGCCACACCGAAGAGUAUGAUGGUGAUGAUGAUGAUGAGGGUGGCGGCGGCGAUGGAUACGUGCAUGAGUUACGUUAUGACGAUGAGGCCGAUGACCUCGCUCAGUACCUGGAUCACCUGUUGGCCCAGUCUGCCCCCAAAAAGGCCAAAAAGCCGGUGGGGGGUUUGGGCAGGUUCAAGGCUAUUGCCACCAAAACGAAGGACAUGGUCACUCUGAUGAACAAGGCUCAGGACCUCAACAUUCAGAACGUCAACAUGUACCUGCCAAACAAACUGUUUCGCUCUACUCAGCCGUCUCUCAACCUGAACCUCCGGGACUCCUCUGAUCAACAACAAACUUCAGAUCCAGGAUCGGCCACAGCAGACUGCGGCAUCCCCAGAGACGCUAGCGGAGCGGUCGAUCACAGCGCUUUGGCGCAGCUGCUAAAAAACACACAAAACCUCCAGGACCAGGCCGAUAUACUCUACAUCCUCUUCAAAGACAAGGGUAUGGAGUGGGACACUCAGCUGCACGGUAAAGGCUCCACGGUGCGCUCUCUGCUCAGUGACCUUUACGUGAAGGCUGGUGAACUCAAACACUGGGGCCUCAUCAGGAUGAUCUCUGGCAUGCUGAAGAAGAAGGUGGAGGAGCUCGACUCGGCCUGCUCUGAUUUGCUGGCGCACCAGAAGCACCUGACCGUGGGUCUGCCCCCUGAACCCCGAGAGAAAACCAUCACCGCUCCCAUCCCCGCAGACCAGCUGGCUGCUGUCAUCGACCAGGCCAGCGACAACAACAUCAGUGUGGCCAUACUCACUCAGGAGAUCAUGGUGUACCUGGCCAUGAGCAUAAGGACUCAGCCCAGUCUGUUCAGCGAGAUGUUCAGGCUCCGCAUCGGUCUCAUCAUCCAGGUCAUGGCCACCGAACUGGCCCAGUCACUCAACUGCUCAGGAGAGGAAGCGACAGAGAGUCUGAUGAGUUUGAGUCCGUCUGAACUGAAGAAUCUCCUCCACCACAUCCUCAGCGGGAAGGAGUUUGGAGUCCAGCGCAGCGUGCGAGAGAUGGACGCCGGAGUCAGUCCCGCCAUCUCCAUCCAUCACCUGGGCAACGUCGGCGCCACCAAGAGCGAGAGAGCCGGCAUCAGCAAACUGAAGAGCGACAUGAAGAUGUUCGACCAGUCACUGACCUCCCCUCAAAAGAGCGUUCGAUCUCAGUCACUGGACAUAGACAACAUCGAAUCUGGGAGGUACAGGCUGCCGUCGAUUGAAUCACUGGACAUCCCGGAGAGCACUCCGGUUGCCAAGGAUACCAGACACGGCCAGUGGCUGCGCAGGAGGCGUCUGGACGGCGCUCUGAACCGAGUCCCGGUCGGGUUCUACCAGAAAGUCUGGAAGAUCCUGCAGAAGUGCCACGGUCUCUCCAUCGAGGGAUUCGUCCUUCCUUCUUCUACCACCAGAGAGAUGACGCCCGGAGAGAUCAAAUUCUCCGUCCACGUGGAGACGGUCCUUAACCGCGUCCCUCAGCCCGAGUACCGGCAGCUGCUGGUGGAGGCCAUCCUGGUCCUCACCAUGCUGGCCGACGUGGACAUCCAGAGCAUCGGCUCCAUCAUCCACGUGGAGAAGAUCGUCCACCUCGCCAACGACAUGUUCUACAAGGAUCAGAUGGACCUGGGAGCAGAGGAGCACAUCCUGGAGAAGGACCCGUCCACCGGAGUGUGCAGGCUGCUGUACGACAGCGCCCCCAGCGGCCGCUUCGGGAGCAUGACCUACCUCACCAAGGCUGUGGCGGUGUACGUGCAGGAUGCACUGCCCAGCGGGUCGUGCCCUGUGCAGUGAGAGAGGACGCCGCGAGAGAAAACCCCGGAGCAGGCGUGAAACCACCCGAUCAGAAACAUCCAAUAUUUUUUACAUUCAUUUAACAGUAAAUUAACAGCAAAUAAUAUCGUCACUGUGUGUUGAUCAGUGACAGAAACGAGUGAAGCUGGAAGUUCGAAACACGUGUUACUGUAUGUUUUAAUGAAUUGUGGGAAAUUCACUGAGUAUAGAGUCAGACGUGAAGGCUAGCUGUUUCCUCCUGUUCUCAGUCUUUGUGCUAAGCUAAGCUAAGCUAAGCCCAUUGGUUCCUACCGAAGACGCACAUCUCCACAAAUAGGUCACACAUAUAUAAAUAUACAGUUUCAGUAACGGUUGUAGUUUUUAGCAAACGUUACUCAAACAGUGGUUGGGGACUAUUUUCAGCUGCGGAUUAACACACAUUUAUUGCUCCAAUGAGGACGGAGUAUGAGGGAUUUAGUGGCACAGAGGAAUAAGAUUUUGGAUACAUAAACAAUAACCCUUCGCUUGAUCCAUUCAGUCUCCUAAAGCAAUUCAGCUUCUUCACAGCUGAGUAACCACCAGCUAACAUGAACUUUCAGCCGGGACACUUCUUCUCACCAAAUCUUCGUGUAACUUUAGAGACUCCAAAACUAAACUGUAAAUUUAAAAAAAAAAAAUCAAAAUAAUUCUUCUAACUGAUGCUAAUUUAUUCCCACACAUAAACUCAGAUUGUAGUUCACGUCGCGAUACCUCAAAUCCUACCUGCUGUGUGAUGUACAAAAUAAUGGAUGAAUAUAAUUAGAUAAUCUAUUGACUAUUUAUUUUAUAGUUUUUAAACAAUUACAAAACAAGGAAUGCUAUUGUCGCACUUAAUGUGUGUGUGUGUGUGUGUGUGUGUGUGUGUGAGUGUGUGUGAGUGUGUGAGUGUGUGUGUGUGUGUGAGUGAAGCUACAGGAAUGCUGUUUCAUUUGAACUAUGCAAAAAAUAGUGAUUUAGAACCGCCUGAUUUUUCAAACGCAUUAAAAGCUUUUAUUGUGUUAAAGAGCUUUUAGUUUGUAGAGUACUUCAGAUACUGAACUUUUGCAGUGAAUAUGAAUAUGUGCAAUUCAGAUCUCUGUCCUAAUAAGAAGGGAAAUGCCUUAAUUUAAGCUAAACUUUAAUUUAGUUCGUUUACUUUAGUGAAACUAACGGCCAUUUACUCACAUCAGUUGUUUUACAUUAUUUCACUUAGACACAUUUCACCUUUAACCGUUUGUUUUACAAGUGUGUUAAUGAUUCGCCGUCCAGCACGCUGAGAGAAAACUGUGAGUAAAUUCAAGGUAAUUCAAGAACGUACGCGAUUAUAUGUGUUUAAGUUGAGACACUGGUGGGAAAUGCGUCACGCCUCUCGGUUUAAAUGUUGAAUAACUGAAUUAUUUUGUGAUAUUUGAAGAUGUGAGCGCCACACUCCACGUGAACGACGAACAAUCAUGGCAGAAUGAGAGAGAGUCACUUCUCUGCAUCACAUUUAGAAUUAUUAAUAUUAUUAUUAUUAGAGUUUGAAAAGAAUGGGAGGCAGUUUUUUCUGUGUUACUAGGCAACAGCAUCCACUGAACAAACUUGUCUGUUUUUUGUUUUUUUGUUGUUGUUUUUGAAGCUAAUUCUGUAAUAAAAGAAAAAAAUCUU